AUGAUUUGCAGAACAUGUCUGCGGCGAGCCACGGCUCUGCCUCGUCUCCAGCAGCCUAGCGCCGGCGCCCUCCUCGUCAGACCCUUCUCCCUCUCUGCGCCGACAAGAAACGCUGCCCCCGGCACGUCUGCCGCCCCGGAUGCCGCGCCAGCACCGCCUGCUAACCCGGCUGCGCCCCCGAAGCUUUCCAACGUCAAGGACGAGACCAUCAAGGCUCCCACGAGGCCUACCUCAUCCUGCGCCCCCGGAACAGUCCUCAAUGGCCUGAACUACUUCAAGGGCAAGACGGACCCUGUUGCCCUCGCCGAUGAGGAAUAUCCCGACUGGCUGUGGACAUGCCUUGAGGCCAAGAAGGAAGUUACUGAAUCCGUGGAAGACCUUGCUGCCGAGAUGUUCUCCAAGUCCAAGAAGCAGCGUAAGGCGGCUGCCAAGCGCCAAAAGGCUCUCGAGGCCAAGCUUCUCGCAUCAGGCGACGUUGAGGCUCUCGCGCCCAAGGUCCCUCUGCCCCAGCAGUCCAUCAACUUGCCCGGAGAGAAGGGUGGCGAUGUCGACCACAAUCUCCAUGCGUUGAGCAAGAGAGACGACCUGCGCAAGGCAAUGCGCAAGGAGCGCAAGGCCAAGAUCAAGGAGACCAACUACCUCAAAUCCAUGUAA